AUGGUUAAUACGGAGGCCACGUCGAAUGCCAUAUGGUGGAUUAAGAACCCAAGGAAUCCGAAAGCCAGGAGAACCAAGGGACCUUCUGGUCAGCGCAAGAAAUCCUUGGGCUCAGCUUUUUGCUUGGACAUGGCUGAUCUGCUGCGAAACAUAUCCCUGCAGGGAUACAACAAACUAUUGUCGCCAGAUAUAACCCUAGGACAAAGAAUGAUUUGGCUGUUGCUGCACACCACCACAACCGUCUCCCUAAUCGUGGUGUUAUCUUUGACCUGGGAACAGUUUGUGGCCCAGUCCUUUGUGACCAAUCUGAAGGAUCCGCUCUAUCCUCUUGAGAAUGUGCCCUUUCCGGCGGUCUCCAUAUGCUCCAAUAAUCGCAUUUCCAGGGUGGCAGCCAUCAGAUAUGCGACCGAGCUACAAGCCCAAAGUCCAAUAAGUCGACCCGUGGAAUACUAUCUGGAGCGUCUGCUGUACCUUCGAGAGUUCUACGUUCAUGUGGGUUUCGUCGUGGACACAGACGACUUUGGCAGCUUUCAAACGUUUCUCGACGUCUUUGGGACUUGGGACAACGAGACCUUUUUCGACACCCGACGCAUCAUGAAAUUGCUGACGCCCAAAUGCCAGAGCUAUGUGCUCAAGUGCACACUGGCCAAUGUGGAUAUUCCCUGCUUCAGCAAGGCCGCCUUCCAGGAGAGCCUCACCCAGUACGGCCCCUGCUGUACGUUCAACAUGGAGAACAGACUGAAACAGCGCAACUUCAAGAAUCGUCUGGCCAGUGCAGAGCUCGGUCUCACUGUUGUUCUGAACUCCAGCCACGCGGACCAGUUUGCGCCAAUCCUGAACACCGACGGGUACAUUGUGCUCAUCCACAGUGCAGACAACUACGCUUCAGUUACCUCCUCGAAUGCGCUGGAGAUGUUUCCCGGCCAGCGGGAGGAAACUGCCCUGCAAAUCCACGCUCGAGUCGUGGACACCGAUGACAGCUUGAACUCCUUCUCCCCUUUUGGUAGACACUGUUACUUUGACCACGAGGCCCAGACUUCCGGUAGCGAACAGCAACGACUGCUGAGGUCCACUUACACCUUUCCCAACUGUGUGACCAGGUGUCGGAUUCGCAGUAUAAUAGCCCUAUGCCGCUGCCUGCCGUUCCAGAUGCCGCUCGAACUGGUGGAGAACCUCGAUGGUGUUGUCUACUGCACCCUUGGCCAUGUACCCUGCAUCAAUCAGUACUUGUUCAAGUGGCGCAACGUUUUGACGGAGCGUCAUAUGAUAUUCGGUCUAGAGCGGGAGAUCGAGGAGGCUUUGUACUGUCCACACUGCCUGCCCUCGUGCAACGACGUCCUGUAUGGAGUGUCCUUGAGCGCCCUGCCCAUCGACAACUACUUGGCUACCCUGAAGCUCGAUGACAACAACCAGACGGAGUUCGAUUCGGAUAUCUCCGUUUUGAGGGUCUACUUCGGCGAUCAGUAUGCCCAGUACUACAUCCGAUUGCUGAAUAAUGCCUGGUUCGAGGUGUUCAGUACCAUUGGCAACAUCAUGUCCAUCUUUGUGGGCUUUUCGAUGGUGGCCAUCUUCGAAAUCCUUUACUUCCUGUCCAAGCACAUUUAUAUUGGCUGCAACCGCAUCGUCGAAAAGAACCAUGACGACAGAAAGGCCAAGGAGCUGGAGGAAAAAAAGUUGUUCAUAUGCCCAUAGGAAAACCAUCUGAAAUCAAUCCGAGCAUCCAAGAAUUCCCCUAUGAA